CUGCAUUAUACGUGUAUUUUUCCGGUCCUUGGUCUAUUCGUUCUGACUAGAGAAUUGAUUCAUUUGGUUGGCGAGAACUUGAGCGCGAAUAAUCUAGGAUUUCACUGAAAGCUUAAAGAUGUUAGGGUCAAUAAAAUUAGCUUUAUUUUUAGGAGUAAUUUAUUUAUGUAAAGCCGCCGAAGAGGACGUGCUAGAACUUACAGACGCCGAUUUUUCCAGUAUAUCUGAAUAUGAUACUGUUCUCGUCAUGUUUUACGCACCAUGGUGCGGUCACUGUAAGCGAUUAAAACCCGAAUAUGCUGAUGCGGCCGGCGUGCUAAAGAACGAUGACCCUCCGGUAACUCUCGCUAAAGUUGACUGUACAGAGGGAGGAAAGAGUAGCUGUGAAAAGUUUUCUGUAUCUGGAUAUCCAACACUCAAAAUAUUCAGAAAGGGUGAACUUUCACAAGACUACAAUGGCCCUAGAGAGUCUAAUGGCAUUGUCAAAUAUAUGCGUGCUCAAGUGGGACCCAGUUCAAAGGAUUUACUUACUCUUCAGAGCUUUGAAAAUCUCAUAGCUAAGGAUGAAGUGGUUGUCAUUGGUUUCUUUGAAAAGGAGACAGAUCUGAAGGGAGAAUUCCUGAAAACAGCUGAUAAGAUGCGUGAAGAGGUUGUCUUUGGACACUCUUCUGCACAGGAGGUGCUUGAGAAGACUGGUUACAAGGAUAAUGUCGUUCUCUACCGUCCUAAACGCCUGCACAACAAAUUCGAGAGUGACUUUGUCGAAUACAAGGGCGAGCCAUCUCUGAAGGGUUUCAUAAAGGCCAAUUACCAUGGUUUAGUGGGCAUCCGCCAAAAGGAAAACAUCCAUGAUUUUAUCAACCCACUCGUUGUGGCCUACUACGACGUUGACUAUGUCAAGAACGCUAAGGGGACCAACUACUGGAGGAACCGUGUACUUAAGGUCGCCAAGGAAAUGUCAGACGUGUCAUUCGCAAUCAGCGACAAGGAUGAUUUCAUGCACGAGCUCAAUGACUACGGCAUCGACUUCGCCAAGGGUGACAAGCCAGUUGUAGCCGGCAAGGACAUUGAUGGAAACAAAUACGUUAUGAGCAGCGAAUUCAGUGUCGAAAACCUUUUGACCUUCGCUAAAGACCUAUUAGAUGGAAAACUAGAGCCUUUCAUCAAAUCUGAACCCGUACCAGCAUCAAACGAUGGUCCAGUCAAGGUAGCAGUUGGCAAGAAUUUCAAGGAACUCGUCACGGAUAGUGACAAAGAUGCUCUAAUUGAGUUCUACGCUCCCUGGUGUGGACAUUGUCAGAAACUUGCUCCAGUCUGGGAUGAGCUUGGUGAAAAGUUGAAGGAUGAAGCCGUUGAUAUUGUCAAGAUUGACGCAACCGCUAACGACUGGCCCAAGUCCCUGUAUGAUGUAUCCGGCUUCCCCACAAUCUACUGGAAACCCAAGGACAAAUCUAAGAAACCUGUCAGAUAUAAUGGUGGACGUGCCAUCGAAGAUUUCCUUAAAUAUGUAUCAGAGAACGCUUCCAAUGAACUCAAAGGCUGGGACAGGAAAGGAAACGUCAAGAAAGACGAGUUGUAAACAUGUGAUGUAAACUUUCCAUGAAAGAUCUGUGAGUGCGUGGGUCGUGUGAGCGUUGAGUGCAAGAUAACUUUCAUGUACACAAACAAGUUUGGUUUAUAAUAUAAGACUAUGAUAAGAUUAAUAUAUAAAAAACAAAUACUUUAAAUUCUUAAAAGUCAAGUUUACUUGUCAUUCCAUCGUUUUUAUACAAGUAACUUGACCAUUUCUUCAGGCUUUAUCAAUGAAGUUUGUAUGGUCACACUUUUGUAUGGAAUGGAUGAAGAGAAUAUUUCAUGUAUUUUGUAUGUCAACUUUAUAUUAUAUGGAACUUUUUCAUAGAUAAAGCCCCAAUGGAUUUAAAUACAAUAAUUUGAAAUGCAUUUCUUUCUCAGUGAAAAUAAAUAAAAUUAGGUAAUAUUUAUAGAA